GUCGGUCGGCGUCGCUUGUGCUUUUUGUAUGUGGUGUUCCACGCAGCCGCGCAUCGUCGCUAUAAGAAGCUUUUUUAUGUGCAAAGCCGCCAAACAUUUAUGCAACGCGAGCAGAAACAAUAUCAUCGGAAAAGGAACAACUUUGGUCACAGUUUAAAGUGCUCGGGCAACCACGGAGCCAGGGCUGCCACAGCCACAGCCACAGCCACAGCCACAGCCAUGCCCAUCUGCAAGAGCUCGGGGGCGACGGCGAGCAACAAGGCCCCCACAGACAUAUCCGCCGACCAUGUGACGGAGGCGGCCCAGGUGAAGCGCACCCGGGAGCAGGCCUACUUCAACUCCUACGACUUUGAUGCAAUCGAGGUGCUGCCCUACGACGAGGACGAUGGCGAGGUGGCUGGCAGAUGCCGAAGCCGGAGCAGAAGCAGCAGCAGCAGCGGUCGCUACUCGGUGCCACACGAUCCGGUUGGAGCCCCCAAGUUCGCCUACUUGCACCGCCUGGGGGCAUUCUUUGGACGCCCCGGCGGGGCGGCGGCAGUCGGGGGAGCCACAGGAGCAGUUGCCGAGGGAACGCCUUCAGCUGCUGGCGGAAUGGCCGCAGGAUUGGUGGCGUCGUCUAGCAACGAUAACUUUCUCCUCCCCCGAGCCAUGCUCAAGUAUCAGAGUGCGGCGACAACUUCAAUGCCAUUGGCGACGCUCUCGAAGAAUGGGACUGCGAUUGGGAGUGGUAGUGGGAAUGGUACUGGCAGCGGAAUAGCACAUAAAAUGGGGCAUGGAAUCGGCCACGACAAGGCGCACGAGAUGCCAGGGUCCACGACGGGAGUGGAGCGCAGCAAGAAGUGCUCGAUUGCCUCCAAUGUCAGCAGCACGCAUUCCACGGACUCUGGACUCCCAGCCUCUGCAGCAGCCGCAGCGGCAGCAACAACAUCAGCGACAUCUGCAACAUCCACAGCAGCAGCAGCAGCAGCAGCCGCAGCUGUUGGGAGUGGAGUCAGAGGAGGAGGUGGCUCGCAUUAUUCGACGGACAAAAGCGGCUCAUCCGGUUAUUACAGCUCCAAUGUAUGUUCCACUUAUUCGCUGGACGAGCACAUCUAUUGCGAACCGGUCAUAGACAUCCUAGACGCCGCCGGAGAGGAGCAGGAGAAGAUGAAGAGUGUGGCCGCCAGGCAGCGGCUGCGGCCGCAACUCCAGCUGCCGAGGAAAGUGGCCGCCAAAGAUACAGCAGCCCCAUUGCCAUUGCCAGUGCCACCAGUGGCUGCUGCUGCUGCUGCUGGCACUGCAGCAUCGGAAAAGUUGUCCACAGUGAAGAGCCAGCGCUUGGACAUGCAAGAUGCAGCCACCGGAGCUGCCAUCGAAGAGUUCCAUUCAGCAGGAGUCAACGACCUCGAGCAGACGGAAGAGGAGGAGGCGCACAAGCUGGAGCAGAUGCUGCCGCUCUACAGCGACAAAUUGCGCAUCCUGGAGACGAGCAUUGAGAACCUGGACCGCCACCUGAAGACCUUUCCCCGCCUGUUUGCCCAGGAGCAGAUUGUGUCCUUCAUGCAGUCGCCCGAUGCCCCACCCCUGGCUCUGCCCCCACUCCCACACCCACUGGACAUUAGCGAAAAGCUGAGGGUCUACAACCAGCUGCCGACCAUCAUGGAGCAGCAGCAGCAGCAACUGGUGGACGAUUCUCUGCUGGACAUCGAUCUGGACGCCUUUCUGCUCGAUCCGAAGCCCCCAUCGCAAUCCCAAUCCCAGACCAAUCUCAGCCGCAAGCCCAAGGCCAAGUCGGGGCGGGGAAUCGACAAUCCGAGCUUCCUCAGCGACGAGCAGCUGGAGGAGAACAACUACAAGUGUGCCAAAUACAUCAACUCCUGCCCGGAGGACGCCUACCGCGUGGAGAGCGAGGCAGCGGCCGGCCACGCCCCCGUCAUCGAGGAGAGGUUUGUGAAGCGCUACGAGGACCAGCUGCACUUCCAGAGCACUCGCGAGCUCCUCGAAGACGUGCGCGACAAGAUACGCCUCCUGUCGCGUGCCACGCCCUCGCCCUCGGCCACGCCCGCACCCACACGCACACCCCCGCCGGACAUACCCAAGGAGCUGGAGGGCAUGAUCCACACGCUGAAGCAGGAGCUGGAGUCCUACCUGCAGCGCAUGAACCAACACAGCGAGCAGGAUCUGCGCCAGCUGUGCAGCGGCCUGGGCCGGCAGCAGCACGUGGUCCGCCUGCAGAACGCCCUGGAGCGGAGGCGAAGCUGCGCGGACCUGCUGCACCUGAACGCGUACGAGGCAGUGCACGAUGGGGUCCUGAUCUCGGCCAGCGGCCGGCCGCUCAGCGUCCGCGAGCAGACCAUGACCAUCCGCUGUGCCAGCGAUCCGAACUUCAAAAUGAAGCGAAAGUCCAUCACCGAGAUCUUCCCCACAGCCGAGUGCUACAUCGAGACCACGUCCCUCUCUCGCAGUGCCACGCCCACGCCCACGCCCGCCUCGACGCCUCAGCUGGAGCUGGAGGCCCUUCAUCCCCCGUCGCUGCCAGGCACCAUGGUGGUGACCCAGAUGCAGCGUAACCUCACCUUCCACAGGCCCAUCCUCUCCGGCGCUGGCUCCAGCGGAGGUGCCAGCCAGGAGGACGCUCUGGGCGGGGGCUCCGGCGCCGGCAAGGGCGAGCGGGACAGCUUCGCCGAGUGGCACCGAAAGAAGCCGAGCAUCUGGGAGAUGUACUAUGGCACCAACCGCCUGCACCAGUCGCUCCUCGGCAAGCAGCGGGGCGGAGGCGAACUAGUCAUCAGCAGCCCCCAGCCCACGAUGUCCUACCCAUCCUCACGACCCGAAUCCGACUUUACGCUCGAUCUGCCGCGCGCUGAGCAACUGCGAUUGAAAAUGGAAAAGGAGAAGAAAUUCCGCCAAAGAUGUCGCUUCAUCACCACAUUUCUAAGUCUGGUCUUCUUUCUGCUGACCGUCAUGGUCGUCAGCUUGGUGUUGACCCGCGGCAAACGCAUGUUCGGCAGCAUGAUCUGAUGAUAUAUUGUAAACGAACUAAUUACAGUGCCAACAAAAACAAAAACAAAUGUAACAAAUGUUAGCGAAACUCAAAUUUAAUGUUAGUCCUAAUGUUAGCUUCCUUCCUGGUCUGGCAGGACAGCCGCAGUAUUGUUAAUAAAUUAUUUAUGUGAUCUUAGUUGUUUAAGCCGCGAAUGCAUUUCUUUCUGUAAGCAAACAGAGCUGUCAACUGCAUGUAUGUAUGUACUAUCCCAACCUAGCGUUUGUCAAAUUUACCAUUAAGCUUAUAUAAUUCGUAGAAGUUUUAAGUAUAAUUGUGCGUCUAUGAGUCUUAUGAGAGUGUCGAGAAUAAACAGAAUACCACAACCGA